AUGUCUCGCUCGGCGAUUGCGAUUGCGUGCCUUUUGGCAAGGCCGGUAGUGGGUUUGGCAGGAUGGUGGACUUGGUCGCCAUACACAUUGACACCGCAUUUCGCGUACCAAGACCCGGGAUCUGGUGAUAUUCUGCACAGCUCGUGUAAUAGCAACGGAUCGGCUUCCUUUUCGACGAAAAACCCCAACAAAUUUCCACUCAAGGAGCAACCCAAGGCCGCGACGCCGCUCGCUAUCUCGGGAUGGUGGGACGACGACCUCAAUACACCAAUCGCCUCCGUAUUCUACCAGAAUGCCGACGACGGGAUCGUGAACGCAUAUUUAAUAUGCGACAACACAACAGGCAGUUACAAGCUCGACACCGACGGCGAAGAGGUUGUUUCCGACUCGGCUGGGUUGCCCUCGGUGAACGAAAAGACUGGAUUGGCGGUCGCAGAAUUAGGAGACUCGGGCGGCUCCCGAGUCUAUUACCAUGACGAAGAUGGCCGAGUCAAUCUCCUCGCAUACGAUGACGAUACCGAUUGGCGAUACGAUGGUCCGGUAUCGCUGAAGAAGCCGGGCGGUAUGGCGAUAGCGGCUGUACAGACCAAGGGCACCAACGUUUCGGUGGUGUAUCCCUACGAUAGCGAGGACAUUGUCGUUGCUCGCUACAAUAACGAUAACAAGAGCAAAUGGCGGCUAGAAUCCUUCCCAACGCCAUUCGAUAGCCCAGCGCCGACGAAUGCGACCGAACCUUCAGAUAUACGACUCGAUACAUCGACAGCGGCAUCGCUCACACUACCCUCCUACGACAACACCGCCGUCGAUCUGGGCAUUGCGAACCAAGCUGGCAAAGGAUUGACUAUAUUUUACAUUGGCAAGGACUCUCAACUACACGCGAUAACACAUAAGAAUGGCGCUUGGACAGAGGUGGACGGGCCCGGGAAAAAGAAAUGGCCCGAAGCAGACGACGCUUCCGCGCGCUUGGCCGUUGUAUCACCGCUGGACUCGGAUGAGAUCUGGGUAUACUACAUGAGCGGCGAUAAAAUCCAAGAGCUACACAGAUCUGAUGGUGGAACUUGGGACAACGCGCAGACACCAUCGUCAAAUAACGCUACGGACAGCGACUCCAAUUCCGAAGGCGGCGACGAGGCAACGAGCACAGGCGGUAAUGGUAGUUCUGGCGCCAAAGAGACAGAGAGCACCGCAGCUGAUGCCGACACGGGAGGAAUGACAGCUGGGGCCAAGGCCGGAGUUGGCGUUGGAGUCAGCGUGGGUGUGCUCGCAAUCGCUGCUGGGGCGUUUUUCUUGCUGCGCCGAAAGCGCCAGGCACCAGUUGACAGCGAGCGCAAAGGAUCGGCUGAAUUGGCUAGCUAUCAUCCUGUUGAGCUGCCGACCGAGGUGCAUGAGCCGCAGGAGUUGUCGGGGAUACAGAACCAGCAGUAUGAGCUGCUUGGCGACACGAGGAGAGCGACGUAG